AUGAUCGAAGGCCUUUUUCCUUCCCUGAGUUUCAUAACUGCCGUACUAGCGUUGCCUCAAAUAAACAACGGAGUUAAAGGUAAUAGAAUCGAUUAUUUCCUCUUAUUCUGUUUGAUUUUUUCAGGACCUCCCAUAGUCACAUGCGGCGUUCGCCAAAUAAAAGUUGAAUUCGAAAUUUUGGAACCAUUCAACGGAAAUCUGUAUACAAAGGUGGGCUUCAGAAUAUUUCUCAAUAAUAAAGAACCGAUGGUUUUAGGGAUACUUCCAUAAGAAAGAAUGUCGUUUACAAGGCGGAAAACUCAAUACGACGCUAGAAAUGAUUCUACCCGUAGAUUCAGACUGCGGAAUUCGGCGCAAAAGAAUGGUGAAAAUAAUUAAAAUAGCAGUGAGAACUGUCUUAUUUAUAGUCGAAUCCGAAAGGACUUAUACUCGACACGACGGUCGUCCUAAUGUUCCAUCCCAUAUUCUUGACCCAAACCGACAAGUCUUACCACGUCCAAUGUCAGUACCUCGAGGUUCAGAAAACAGUCACCAACAAUAUAGAUGUCAGGUUGGAAUUUCUCGUGACUUCAUUUAGUGAAUUGCUUUUUUUUCCAGUAUGUUGCCACCCACAGAACUCCCUCAAAACAUGGAGCAACAAGACGCCGAAUCUUCUCCAAUCUGCCGUUACGAGGUUCAAAUUCUUGAAAGAAAAAAGGAAAAGUAUAAAUAUUCAGGUUUUGAGUGGGACUUCGAGCGGUUCGCCUCUCACAUUUGCAACUGUCGGGGACGCUGUCUAUCACAAGUUUGAUUAUCAUAUCAAUCAGCCUUUUGAAAAGGGCUUUGGUUAAAAGAUGCUCUGAACUUUUAUAAAUUUUCUGAAAAACUUUCCUUUCACACGUUCCUGGGUCAAAACUGUGGUAAACUUAAAGAACAACAUUAAAUGUUUCAUAGCAUGUUCAAAAUACAUUACUAGAUUCUUUGAUAGUGACACAACUCUUGUAUGACCUUAUAUAAAACUGGAAACUACUUUCAACUUCCAAAAACUUCGUGAAGCUCUUUUUGCUUUUUUUAAACAAUCCAGCAAAGAUUUUUCAACACGAUUAAAAAAAGAAAGAAAGUUUCCGAGAUUGAUAAUUGCUCAAACGCCUUAUAGGUGGUCUUGUGGCGGGGGAAAAGACAACACUCGCUACUGCAUGACCGUACAUUCCUGUACAGCCGACGACGGCCAGGGAAUGGGCCAACAACUGAUAGACAGUCAUGGGUACCCAUUUCUCGGUUUUUCUGAUGAGAAGAAUCGAGUUGGGAAGGCAGAAGGCCAUUUUCCCCUUUGCAGCUGUACCCUGGACACUUUCCUCCUGCAGCCGUUGGAGUACAGCGACGACCUCACGGCCGGCCAAAUCUCCCACGUCUUCAAGUUUGCCGAUCGGCCCACUAUAUUUUUCUCCUGCAUGAUCCGGAUCCAAAUGAAAGAUAACUCUAGUGCCGUUUGCCCGGUGAGUUAAAAGAAUUUUUUGGAGAUGGCUUAGAAGAUAAAAAGCUUAAAAUAUUUGAAAGUUCUAUCAACUAAGAUAUUUUUAUUUCACCGGUGAAGUAGAACUCCAAACAUCAAAGCGCAGAAAAGUUUAACAGCUCGGACCUUGGUAACGUAAAUCGGACGUGUCAGGGCAUUUAUAGUGACAACUUUAGUAGCGUCAGCACUCUUAAGUGAUCCCUAGAAUCGCUCAGAAAAGUCCAGAGCGCGUCCCGUUUUCGUUAUCGAGGUCUGAGAAUUAAAAAAUUCCGAUUCUUUACUGCUUUUUCUAAUUUUUCUUGGCCUAAUUACUUGCAACUAUUUUUUUUCCGAUUAAGUCUAAUUUUUUGAACUUCAAUACCAAUCUUUCAGAGACCGACCGAAGUUUGCGACAAAAAACGGCUUAAUGGGACAGUUGCGGUAGAAACUCCAAAUCGAGUGGCUGACGGGAAAAUUCCGAGCGGAUUUCCUCGACCUCCAGAUGCUCUGCAGGUAUUUUCGUCACAUGUGAAAAGAUUUUUUUCUAUUUUCAGAUUCAGGUUCCCGACUCUGAUUACUUUAUCGAUGAGCCGACGUCUUCGGAAGAAAAAAUGGAAAGUGGCGACAAAGCUCCUUUGGACUUCGAUUCUAAUUUCAAGCCGGCGAUGUAAACUUUGAUUCUGUGUCGAUUCAUAUUUAUGGAAAUGAAAAAAAAAAAUAAAAUCUUUUUCAAAUUGUGAAAAUCAAAUAUUUCAGAAGCUCUCGACUGAUUCGACGGGAGAUCAGCCGCUAUUUGAUGGACGUCGACGUCAGCGCUCCUUCGGUCGACGUCAUUGACCUUCCGGAAACAGGCGAGUUCAGCUUCUGAUCUCAAAAAAACGGCAACUUUUUAUAUUUACUGAUCAGUUCCAGAUGUCCGCAAGCCUCUGGAAAGCGUAGGAAAACAGAAAAAGGUUUUAUGAGUCAAUUUUUAGCAACUUUCUUUUUUUUUAGGUCCAGAACGACAUAUGCGUUUCGAGAUUCUCCAUCUUCCUCAGUGUUUGCAUACUUUGCUUCGUUUCAGUCGCCACUGUGCUACUUUUUUGCAUCGUGCAGAGACGCUUUUUUGGCCGAGGUGAGAAGACAGCCCUAUUAGGCCCAUUUUAGAGAUAAAACAAAAACUGAUUAUUGCUCCAAAGAGAGAAAGAAAUCAAAAAAUUCUGCACGAAGUGGGAUUCGAACCCACGCACCCAUACGAGUACCAGAACGCCCAGAGGCCUCGAACUCGAGGCAAGCAAUCGCUUGAGUCUGGCGCCUUAGACCACUCGGCCAUCCGUGCUGACGUCUCUCCGAAGCUCUAAAAACCUACAAAUUGCAGGGGCUGGCCGCUCUUCGCGCAAAAACCCAUUCCCACAUCCUGAUUACGGCUUGACCAUCGACAGAUAA